AUGGCGAGCCCCCUGACACCAUCGCACGUUGUUAUUGCCUAUGACGCCACCAAGGACCGCGGCAUGCAUGAGCUUACGCUCGCAAUUGACAGUCUCCUGAAAAGGGGUGACGUUUUACAUUCAGGGGAUACCAUCAUUGUGCUUGGAGUUUUGCAUAGGGUUGUCCACCCGAUGGGAUAUCACACAAAACCAUGCGUGGAUUUUUUGGAAAACAGCAUUCGUGCAGUAGAGGAAGAAGUUACAAAGAAAGUUGACAUGUAUGUUAACAUGCUUCUUCAAAGUGCGGGAAAGUGUGAAGAUCAAGGGGUCAGCAUUGAAGUCAAAGUUACUGCUGGUUUUCCCGUUAAGCAGGUUAUUUUGCAAGAGAUUAUGGCCUGCAAUGCAGCUUGGGUUGUACUUGAUAGAGCUUAUCACAGGCAACUUAGACGGGAUUUGACGUUCUACCUUAAGCAGAUACCGUGCAAGGUUGCAAUAAUUCAAGAUAACUUGGCUGUGGAAGUUGUGAGACCUCAUAUAACAGAUGAAACUGAAACUAUAGAACACAAAUUGUUUUUUUCUUUGUCCAAGCCCGUUCCUCUAUCCAACUAUCAAGGUAACGGAAACAAUGAACCACUCAUCACUUGCAGAAGCGACCCUGUAUCCAUUGAUUCACCAGAAAGCUCUGAGAUUCUGAAAAAUCACUUUGUGACUUCACCUACAUUUAAGUUACGAGACUACAGUACUUUAUUGAAUCUAGGGUCUUCCUGUAAGCAAGAAAAUUCAGGUGUUCAAACCAAAGCAGACAAUAAACCAUCCACUGUUCCUCAAAAAAUCCAGAAGCAAAAUAACGCCUUCCAAGAAAGAUGCUCAGAUGCCCCAAUUCUGUGUUCCAGAUGCGGAACAAGGACUGAAAUGUAUGUCAAAGAUUCCAUGACAUUCAGCUACUCAGAGAUACUGCUUGCAACAAAUGAUUUUUCCAAGGAAAACUUAUUAGGAGAAGGUGGAUAUGGUCGUGUGUAUAAAGGUGAGCUUAAGGAUGGACAGCAGAUUGCAGCAAAAGUGCGAAAAGAAGCCAGUACACAAGGAUUUAAGGAAUUUCACUCUGAGGUUUAUGUCUUGAGUUUUGCACGCCAUAAGAACAUUGUCAUGCUGUUGGGUUAUUGUUGCAAGGAGAACCUAAAUAUCUUGGUUUAUGAAUAUAUUUGCCACAAUUCUCUUGAAUGGCACUUAUUUGAUGAAAAAGCAGCAGUUCUUGAGUGGCACCAAAGACAUUCUAUUGCCAUUGGAACUGCAAAAGGAUUGCGUUUUCUACAUGAAGAAUGUCGUGGAGGUCCUAUAAUUCAUCGAGACACGCGUCCAAGCAAUAUCCUGCUAACACAUGAUUACGUUCCUAUGUUAGGUGAUUUUGGCUUAGCCAAAUGGAAGACAACGGGUGAUGACACUGACCCGACAAGGAUAAUUGGCACACUAGGCUACCUUGCUCCAGAGUAUGCAGAGAACGGUAUUGUUUCUGUACGGACAGAUGUAUAUGCCUUUGGUAUGGUUCUGUUACAACUAAUAACCGGCCGCAAGAUUAUUGAUUCAAAUGGAGAAGGGCAAGUUCAAUCCCUACGGGAGUGGGCAGAACCAAUAAUCCAGAGGCUAGCACUACAUGAACUCAUUGAUCGUCGUUUAGGAGAUUUGUAUGAGACAUAUGGAGUGUACCUUAUGGCUAAAGCCGCAUACUUAUGCAUACAAAGAAGUCCUGAAAUGCGUCCAUCAAUGGGAGAGGUUGUCCGUGUUCUUGAAGGUGAAAGUGACAAUUUCCACCACAUAGGAGUGCACUUUGUACCUCAACAGCAUACAAAGUGAAGGAUCCAACGGCGCAGUUUAGUUUCAUUUUUGCAGAUGUUCGCCCUACCUUCUGAAGGGGAAAGUGCCCAUUUCUACAUUCCAGGAUAGCAAUUCUACCUCGAUGAAGACAAUGGCACACUUUAUACUUUCGUUUGACGGCUGAAGGUUUUUUUUUUUUUUCCUGUUUUCCUUGAAGAUGGUUGUAGCUUCUCACGUAGUUCGCCAUUUUCCUUCAACCGGCCAAGGGGAUUGGUUUUUCAUGGUUUCCAACAAGGGAGACAUUGUUUGUAAGGCUUUGAAAACUUGAACAUGUCGUGGAGUUUGGCUUUGUCUUUUGAUGCCUUCUCUAAGAAUAAGAUCUUUUCAUCUAAAUGAUCGAUCAUGAGUUUACUCUCCGCUAGUUUUGUAAAAACAACUCCAUAUACUCUAGGGAUUUAUGGCAUGUAAUCUAAAUUAUUAUUUCCAAGGCUUUGUGGUUGUUGCAUUAAGUUAGAGUAAUCACAAAAUGAAUUGCACCCUCAUUUGCAGGAAGUUUUAGUUCUUAAAUGAAAUUCAAGCGAUCAAGUGAUAUGUAAUUCGCAUUAUAAAAUAGUAAUU